CAGACAACCUUUGUGGUAGUCUAUGAGUAGGUUUAUAGGUUAUGUUAUUGGUUGUCUGUGUGACCAGAAAGCCGAAGAAGGUGAUAGACUUUACUUGAUUUGAUUGUACUUACUAAGACAGUUCUUUUAUAAACAGAAUGUCUGAAUAUGAUCGCGUCCGUACCGGAAAAUUAGUUUUGAAAGGAGAGCAACAAAGGUAUGCAUCACUCAAAUCUGCAAAUGAACAAUAUUGGUAUUACAGAUCAAAAAAACGUAAACACAAACAACAGAAAAAUUUGGACACACCUAAAGUGGAUACAAAAGAUAUUGCCGACCAUGGCAAUUGGUGGAAGGUAACGAGUAUUGAGGACAUAAACGGACCAGUUGCUAUAGAAUUUGGCAGUCACACUUACAUCAAGGCGUUAGAUAAUGGCUUAUUUACUUUAGGUGCGCCUCACAACGAGGGCGAGGGCCCUUCGCCAGAAGAAAUACUGACAGCAAUUCCUGUUAACGAACGAAAGAUAGCUUUAAAAUCAGGUUAUGGCAAAUAUGUAAAGGUAGAAAAAAGUGGUGUGGUCACCGGGAGGUCUGAUGCAAUUGGACCCAUGGAACAAUGGGAACCUGUUUUCGAGGAGGGAAAAAUGGCACUACAAGCAUGUACAGAGUGUUUUAUGUCUGUUGAUGUAGAAGAAGACACUGUGGUCGCCUUGAGUAAAAAGGCAAGUACAGAUCAAAUGAUGCAAAUUCGAUCUCAAACAGUAAAAACUGUAAAUCCCUACAAAGACGUCCCACAGGAGGAGCAUGGAGAUGUAAAACAAAUAGAAUUGAAUUAUGUAAAGAAAUUCCAAAAAUUCCAAGACAAACGUAUACGGAUCAACACGGAAGACACCAAAGGAUUAGAAAAGGCGAAAGAAGAUGGUAGUUUACACGAAACAUUGUUGGAUCGAAGAAGUAAGAUGAAAGCAGACAGAUAUUGCAAAUAAAAUUGCGAGUUCAACUUAAAAUGUAUAUUGACUAAAUAAACGUAAGAGUAACAAAGUAAUACAAAAAGUCUGUAAUUUUUAGACGUUCAGUACAGCUGUUUGUUAUAUCUACUAAAAUAAAUAAUCUAAAUACAUUUUUA